UUUAAUUACAACCUGUCAAAUGUUGUCAAUUGUCAUGCACCGCGCACGGAAUCCUUCUGUGUGAGAGAAUAUAUGGAUUUGUCCCCUCGGCGAGGAGGUAGAAGACCACCAACACCAACACCUCCGGCGAAACUUUCCGACAACUUAUACUCCACCGUGGUAGUUCACGACGGCGAACAACUAAUCUCCGACGACGAUAUGGAUGACGAUUCUCUUCCUCCUCUCUUUAAACGCCUUCCCAAGGAUUUCGGCGGCGGAGGCUCCUUCGAUUUCGACGCUGAAACUUCCGAUGACAUUUCUGGCACAUUUGUUGUGAAGCCUGAUCACCAGUAUCAAUAUCAAGGUCGCAAUCUCAACAACAGUAACGUUGAUAGUUAUCAGUAUUCUUCAUCUUCGUAUCUAGCUUCUCCUCAUUCUGUCAGAACUUCACGUAAUUCUGCUUUUUCUUCUUCAAAACCUAGUUUAAAUCCUUUGAAGAAAGAAUCUAAUGAUGAUGACGACGACGAUGACGAUGAUGAUGAUGAUGAUGAUGAUGGAUGUGAUUUUGGUACUUUCGUGGUGAAAAAGGGGAGGGAUGAUGAUGAGGUAGAGGAAGAUGACGAAGAGGAUGAGGAUGAUGAUGAGGAAGGUGAAGAGUUUGGGACGUUUGUGGUGCGGAAAACGAUGAAAAAGAAGAAAGUAAAGGAAAGUGAGGACGUUUCUGGAACUUUUGUGAGGAAGACUAGUGGUGGUGGUGGUGGCACGACGAUGAGUAAGGCGGUGGCGAGUAUGCAGGCGGUUGGGGAUUUAGGGUUUGGAGGAAGGAAUCGGAGGAGCGGCGGGGGUUUAGGUCAUUCAGAGGAUGUUAGUGGACAAGUAAGACAGUUGCAGAGUAAAAUGUCAUCAAGUUCUAUUCCUGAUUGUAUUGCUAGAGAAGAUCCUAGCUCCAAUUAUGAGUUGCUUCAUGAGUUAGGGAAAGGGUCUUAUGGGGCCGUUUAUAAGGCUAGAGAUUUAAAAACCUCCGAAUUAGUUGCAAUUAAAGUAAUAUCAUUAGUUGAAGGGGAGGAGGGUUAUGAAGAGAUUCGCGGUGAGAUUGAAAUGUUACAGCAAUGUAGUCAUCCUAAUGUCGUUCGUUACCUUGGAAGCUACCAAGGUGAAGAGUAUCUCUGGAUAGUAAUGGAGUAUUGUGGGGGUGGAAGUGUUGCUGACUUGAUGAAUGUUACUGAGGAGCCUUUGGAUGAAAUUCAAAUUGCGUACAUUUGUAGAGAGUCAUUGAAGGGUUUAGCUUAUUUGCAUUCAAUCUUCAAGGUUCACAGAGAUAUUAAGGGUGGCAAUAUACUAUUGACAGAACAAGGAGAGGUGAAGCUGGGUGAUUUUGGUGUUGCAGCACAGCUGACUAGAACAAUGUCUAAGCGCAAUACGUUCAUUGGUACUCCGCAUUGGAUGGCGCCAGAAGUUAUUCAAGAAAGUCGGUAUGAUGGGAAGGUGGAUGUCUGGGCUCUUGGAGUGUCUGCUAUAGAGAUGGCUGAGGGACUUCCUCCAAGAUCAGCAGUGCAUCCAAUGCGGGUUUUGUUCAUGAUAUCUAUUGAACCCGCUCCAAUGCUUGAGGACAAAGAAAAAUGGUCUCUUGUAUUUCAUGAUUUUGUGGCUAAAUGUUUAACUAAGGAUCCACGUCUGCGACCUACUGCACCUGAAAUGCUGAAGCACAAAUUCAUUGAGAGAUGCAAAGCUGGAGCAUCUACAAUGCUACCAAAGAUUGAGAAGGCUAGAGAAAUCAGGGCAACUAUGGCGCUUCAAGCUCAAAGUCUUACUGAUGGCACCUUGUUGGCAGGGAUGGAGGAACCAAAAGUGAAUCAGGACUUUGGUGACACUGUUCCAUCAAAGCCUAUCAAUGCUGGACUGUCAAGUAUCAAUGAGAUGUCCAAGGUUGCAGGGUCUGUAAAGCAUCCGGCUCUCGAUGUUGAACUCUCUGAAGAAGGUGAUUUUGGUACUUUUGUAGUCCAUGGUGGGGAUGAAGAGAAAGCUUCAUCAUUCAAUGCGAGGGCUGAAGGCUCUUCACUGAGUGUUACAGUAGAUUUAUCUACUGGUUUAAGGGGAGAUAAGGCAUCUGUCAACGUUGAUAUUCGUGAGAAAGAAUUGCUUGCUUCUAAGCCAGUCAAUCAAGAGUCUGCGGCAUCAACCUUGCCUGUGCAGAACCUUUUGGAAAACAAAACAUUCAAGACAAAAUUUGGAGGCAUUGGUAGUUUGGGUAAUCAACAAUUUAAAAGUGAAACUGUUAGUCGCAAAACUUUUUCGGCACAAGACAAGCUUUGGUCAAUAUAUGCUGCUGGAAAUACUGUGCCGAUCCCUUUUCUAAGAGCAACCGAUAUAUCGCCAAUUGCAUUGUUAUCUGAUAACGUAUUUGGAGGCAAGCAAAGAGAAAACAGUGGCAUGGUCGCUGCAGAAGCAUUGCAAGAACUCUUUGCUGGUGAUGCUCAGUCAAAGAAGAGGAGAGGACAGAACGAGCCUUUGGCCCUUCCGCCAAGUGUUUAUCAGAGGCUUACCUCUAGCCCUACUCUCAUGAAUUUGGCUCAAGCUCUGGCUUAUCACAAAAUGUGCUAUGAAGAGAUGCCACUUCAAGAUCUGCAAGUAGCACAAGAACAACAGACUAUUCAAAAUCUAUGUGAUACUCUUAGAACUAUUCUACGCUUGUAGUUUGCGACUCUUUUGUUCCCCUCCCCCGGUUUCCGUUCCUGCUUUACUCUUUCUGCUUCUCUUCUAUGUUCAAUAUUACGUAAUAGGAACCCAUAAUGUCUCCAAGUCAGUUCUUGGACUACUUGUGAACAUGCUGUCUAAUUAUAAUUUUGUAUAGAUAGAUUGAUUUUGUUCGAAUGUAAAUUGUAAUUCGUGAUACUAAUGUCUUCAUGGCCUUCGACUCUUUUUUUAAUUUCACGGGAAGGUAAUUGGUUAUCGUUUUUGG